AUGAAUUGGAUCACCAUUGGCAUUGGACUUCCGUUGACUCUAAUAGUGAUAAUUGCAGUUUUUUCACAGGUGAAAAGGGAUCAAGGUGCUCCAGUCUAUGUCAUCAACCUUCUCUUUGCUGAUCUCAUUCAGCUCUGCAGCAGAAUUCCCGUGAAUUCACUUAGCAAUACUUUCGUCUCACUAAUCGUCUGGAAUUUUAGUUUAUUAGCGAGUGUUGGAUUCAUGAUUUGCAUCUCAUUUGAAAGGUAUUUGGUCAUCGCCAUGCCAUUGUGGUACAGAUUCAGAAGAAACAUUAAGACAUCUGUAGUGGUCUGCGUCGUGGUCUGGAUUCUUUCUCUUCUUUUUUCAGUAUUUGCCUAUAUGUCACCUGUGAUGGUUCCACAGGUCCUAGCAGUUUCUCUCCUUGUGCCCUUUCCCUUGUUCAUCUUCUUCUUGGUUGGGACUUUUAAAACCCUGUCUGGAGCACUCAGUGUCCCAGCAGAUGAAAAACGAAGAAUCAUAGCCAUUCAAGUUGUGGUGCUGCUUAUUUACGCUCUGCUUUUCCUGCCCAUCACCGCUUACUUUUUGUUAGAUAACCAGUUAGAUAACGAAGUACUUGGUCUUGUGACAUUAGUUUGUAUGUUUCUUAGUCCCCUUGCAGACACAACUUUGUAUUUGUUCAUUAGGAAAAGCGUUUUGGACAUGUUUCUGGUCUCACUUUGUUCUUGUAAAAUAUCUAACAAUCAGCAGAUGAGCAGCAGGGAUUGUGAAAACACAACUGUUCCAAAUACUGAGACUGUUUAG